AUGGCCUUGUUUAUAUUACUGCAGAAUGCAAAGCAUGCUGAAACACCGAAUUCGUUAUUUUUAUAUUUUGCUGAGAAUAGCAAACAUUGUAUUUGGCGUAUAAGAGAAGUAAUACUUGUAUUUACAACUUCAAGUGAAAAAAAACAUUGGUUGGAUAUCUUGGAAAUGGCUGUCUCUCAACUAACUCGACGACCAAAGCGUUUGUUGGUUUUCGUAAAUCCUUAUGGAGGAAAAGGAAAGGCGAAACGAAUUUAUUCCAAUUACGUAUGCUUUUUUUUUGUUGAAUUAAUAUUAGAAAUGGCUGGCAUAACAUGUGAAGUUUUUCUUACUCAAAGAGCCAAUCAUGCUUACGAUCACCUACGACAGUUAGACAAAUCUGUCUGGGAUAACAUCGAUGGUGUUGUUUCUGUUGGUGGUGAUGGUUUGUUCAAUGAAUGUUUGUCUGCUAUUGUAUGCAGAACUCAAGAAGAUGCUAGUAAAGAUAUUUGUAAUGUAAAUAUUGAUUGUUUACAAACCCCACGAAUGAGAUUUGGUAUAAUUGGUGCUGGAUCUGCUAAUUCAAUCGUAUCAUCUGUACAUGGUACCAAUGACUAUUCGACAGCAGCUAUUCAUAUUGCAAUUGGAAGUCAGUGUUUCGUUGACGUGUGCACAGUUCAUCGCGGUGAUGAUCUAAUGAGAAUUUCGGCAAACGCGAUAUCUUAUGGAUGGUUAGGUGAUGUUUUGGCAGAUUCGGAGCGCUACAGGUGGAUGGGACCGCUGAGAUAUCAAUUUUCUGCGUUACGUACAACACUCCGCCACCCAACUUAUUUUGGCCGUAUUUCGUUUAAACUUAUUCCAGAGCUGGAAGAUAAGUCCAAAGCUCCUGUUCUUCCAAGAUGUAAAAAACCAUGCUCGCUAUGCGAUUGGUAUGGUGUUUAUCCUCAUCAUGUACAAACAGAUUUUGCACACGUUAUCUGUUGUGUCAUUCCAUGUGUGAGUCCAUUUACCCCCUAUGGUUUAGCUCCCUUUACUGGAAUUGGUGAUGGUACAAUGGAUCUUGCUAUAUUGUCGAACGUCACACGUUGUGCAAAUUUGCGAUUCAUGCGGAAAGUAGCAAUGCAUGGUGGUAAAAGUGUCUUGAAAAUGUCGAAUAUGCUUAAUGUAUUUCGAGUGUCGCAGUGGAUGUUCACUCCAGAAUCCGACAAUGCUAAUCAAGGAUCGUGGAAUCUUGAUGGAGAAAGUUUUUUGCUUCGAAUUUUGCAUAUAAAUUAUUCCAGAUUGCAUACGAGAUUAAUCAAAUAUUUCGGUCAAGAAUUCGAUUUAAAUCAACCAGUCAAAAAAAGAAAAUGCCGUUGUUGUCGACGCAAGCGCAUGUCAAACAUUAUUUUAUUAGACUGA